AGAAAAGCACGUCCGGACGGCCGCUCGAUAGGUGGAGGGCUACGUCAAUCAGAGGAUGUCAGUUAGCAUGUAUGUUCCUUUCUCCGUACUCCCAGGUGGAUACACUGCGCUAAGAAUCCGCUGACAGCCAGCCAGCUGAGUGUGGGAAAGUCAUCGCCUCCUCGCUGCAGUCUCAUCGGCAUGGAUAAGGCGAUAGCAGUAGCAGCCGCCGGGGAGACCGCAGCUCGCCCCACGCCCAAAGUCCGCUUUGACAUCUACCCUCAGUUUCUCCUGGCAAGUUUAACGGAGGGGAAUAAUAGCACAUUGAAUUAGUUAAGCGGCUGCAGCAGUAGCCGAGACGUGGAAUCUUGAAACAUCUACGAUACUGGAUCGCAACGUUUCUACAUUUUCUUAACCAGGCAGAGGUUGACCAUGGCUGAGGAUUCAGAGAAAACUGGAGAGAUAAACUGGAAGGACCGGUGUAUGACUCUUGAGUCACAGUUGCUCAAGUUUCGUGUGCAGGCCAGCAAAAUUCGAGAGCUUCUUGCAGAGAAGAUGCAACAGUUGGAAAGGCAAGUAAUCGAUGCCAACCGUCGUGCUGAGAAGGCUUACCAGCAGGUUUGUGUCAUGGAAGAGAAGCUAAAAGCAGCCAAUAUCCAGACUGGUGAAUCAGAGAAUAAGUUGUUUAAGAGCUGUCAGGAGCUGGAAACUCUGAUACAGGAAAAAGAUGAUAUCAUACAGCGUUUAGAGCUACAGCGAGAUGAACAGAAGCACCUACGGAUGCAGGAGGCCAAAAUAAUUGAGGAGAAAGCAGCUAAAAUCAAGGAUUGGGUGACAAUGAAACUUCAGGAGCUUGAAACUGAAAAUCAGAGUUUUAAACUUACCAACCAGCAACAGGUGGAACACAUUCAGAUCCUUCAGACCAAAUUACAAGCCCUGACAGGGAAUCGAGGACGAAAAGCAUCAUCUGACUUGAACAAAACAUCAGGGGAAGCAAAACGGCUUAGCAGCCUAACUUUUGGAUACUUUAAAGGAAACCCCAGAAGUCUUCAGCAGAAUACCCUAGAACCAGGGUCACUGAACAUAAAAAUUACAGAAAAUGAAACGAACAAGAAGCCACAAAUGAAUUCUGUUCAAAAUACUGGAACAGAUCAAAGGGGUUUUGCUCAAAACCAUUAUGUAUCUGAGGUACAGGAUAGAAAAAAACUAACUAGCCAACAAACUUUAACAAAAGAAGAAGCGUCUUUUAAAUCUUUUAGUGAUGGUAGUUCUGAUGAAGAAGAUGAGAGAAAAAAGCAUCUAAAAUCCAAAUAUUUGACCAACAUCUCUAAUCACAUUUGUUUGACAGCAUCUGGGGACAAUAGCUCUGCUUUCAAUGAUGAGAGUGCAAUAGUUCAGCAAAACGAACAAGAACAGCCUUUUCAAUGUCCAAGUACUGAAACAGUGCAAGUAGUGGAUUAUUUUCCAAGCAUAAUAAAGAACUCGAAAGUUAUUAAAGGAAUGGAUCAUGAUACUUCCGCUGAUGAGUUGAACAAGAAAUUUGAAUCCCAAAGGCUGGAUUCGACAUCAUCAUCCAGUGGAACAAAUACUCAAAACCUAAUUCUAACAUCUCCAUUUACACCAAAGCGUCUAACCCCAACAACUGCCACCGAUGACCAGACCGUGCAGUCCUUAAUUGGAGUAAAUUCAUCUUCUAACUUAGCACCUCCCAAAUUAAGGACUCCUAAUGUAUUUAGUUUCAGCAUGGUCAAAUCAAAGAAACACUUUAGCCAACCACAAUUAAAUACUGAUCGAUUGUUUGGCAGAAACCGAAAUGCUAUUAGUAUGGUGAGGCCAAUUUGUCAUGAAGAGACGGAUAUCGAUAUUGAUGAAAGUGGAGAUGAUAUUCUGGAGAAAAUGGAAACAGGCCGCGAUGAGGAAAUGUUUUUGUAUGAUUCGUCUGAAGGACAAAUUACAGAGGAGAAACUGGAAGCAGGGGACACCGCAGGCAAAGUUUCCACCAGCAAGCCACCAACACCUCCUCUACACAGAUUCCCUUCUUGGGAAAACAGGAUUUAUGCAGUGGCCAAGUCAGGUAUGAGGAUGUCAGAGGCCGUUUGUACAGACCCAGGUAACAAAUGCACUAGCUUCAUGUCUUCAAAUUCAACAUCCGCAUCUUAUACCAGCUUAAUUUAUGAGAAUAUGACCUCUCCAGUUUACACUACUUUGAAAGGGAAAGCAACUCAGAUUAGUACAAGCCCUUUCUCAGAUGAGUUUUCUGAAACUGAAGAAAGUGACAGCUCCAGAGGAAGUUCCAGAACUUCACUGACAGGAUCAGACUCUCGCAAAGGCAGUAGUCCAAGCAGUCCACGGGCCAUGAAACGAGGAGUAUCAAUGUCCUCUAUGACUUCAGAAAGUGAUUACGCCAUCCCACCAGAUGCAUACUGUACAGACACAGAAUGUUCUGAGCCGGAACAAAAACUUCCGAAAACAUGUUCUUCCCAUUCCAUCGACAGUGGGAAAAAUGAACUGUUAGAAAAGUCUGGAUAUUUGUUGAAAUUGGGAGGAAAAGUGAAAACAUGGAAACGGCGAUGGUUUGUCCUUAAAGGUGGUGAAUUGCUGUACUACAAAUCACCAAGUGAUGUCAUCCGUAAACCACAGGGUCAGAUUGAGCUCAAUGUCUCAAAUCACAUUAUCAGGUGUGAUGGAAAACAAACAAUCCAGCUCAUUACAGAAAAGAAGACCUACUAUCUGACUGCAGAUUCUCCAAAUAUUCUUGAGGAAUGGAUUAGGGUUUUGCAGAAUGUGUUGCGUGUACAAGCUGCUAGCCCCCUUUUCACACAGCCAGAUGUCAAGCCAUCAAUUGAAGGUUUACUAACCAAGGUAAAGCAUGGUUACUCCAAGAGAGUCUGGUGUGCACUUGUUGGAAAGAUUCUCUAUUAUUUCCGUAAUCAUGAAAAUAAGUUUCCAUUAGGUCAGAUAAACUUGGUGGAAGCAAGAGUUGAAGAAGUAGACAGAUCAUGUGAUUCGGACGAAGACUAUGAGACCAGCAGUUGUAGCCUUCUGUCUACACAUUAUACAAUUACCAUACAUCCCAAAGAGCAGGGGCCUACCUAUCUACUUAUUGGCUCCAAACAUGAAAAGGAUACCUGGUUGUAUCAACUAACUGUGGCUGCAGGCAGCACUAAUGUAAAUGUGGGAACUGAAUUUGAACAACUCGUUGGCAACUUGUUUAAUGCAGACAGUGAUACCAACUCUCAGUUGUGGUCACACCCUAGCCUGUGCUUUAGUAAAGAUGGAAUAGCGUCUCCCCUUACCACAUUACCAUCUGCAGCUUUACAGACUGAAGCACUCAAAUUGUUUAAGACUUCUCAGUUAUUCAUCAAUGUUGCUAUUGAUGCCCCUGCCAUUGAUUAUCAUGUGUCAUUGGCUCAGAGUGUUUUACAAGUGUGUCUCACUCAUAAAGAGUUGCAAAAUGAAAUCUACUGUCAAUUAAUCAAGCAAACAAGAAAGCGACAAACCCAGAACCAAUGUGCAUCCAUACAGGGGUGGCAGUUCUUGGCUCUGUGUGUUGGCCUUUUCCUUCCUCAGCAUCCUUUCCUUUGGUUGCUGAAACAUCAUCUACAGCAAAAUGCAGAACCUAGGACGGAAGUAGGAAAGUAUGCCAUAUACUGCCAACGGUCAAUGGAGAGAACUGAGAAAAAUGGUGAUCGUGUAUCAAAGCCUUCUAGAAUGGAAAUCCUAUCAAUUCUCUUGAGAAAUCCUUAUCAUCAUUCCUUACCUUUCAGCAUUCCUGUACAUUUCAUGAAUGGCACAUACCAAGUUGUGGGGUUUGAUGCAUCUACCACAGUGGAAGAAUUUCUUCACACACUGAAUCAAGACAUUGGUAUGAGGAAACCCGUGCAAUCUGGGUUCUUUCUUUUCACAGAUGAUCCCUCAGGAAAUGACCAAGAACACUGUCCUCAAGGAAACAUAAAGAUUUGUGAUAUAAUAUGCAAGUGGGAGCAGGCCUCCAAGGAACAACAUCCUGGCAAAUUUGAGGGAACUAGAACUGUCCGGCUCACCUAUAAGAAUAGAUUCUACUUCUCUUCCCAAGCUCGUGGAGAGACAGACAGAGAAAAACUGUUGCUGAUGUACCAAACAAAUAUUGAAAUUGUCAAUGGACACUUUCCUGUAAACAAGGAACUUGCAUUAGAAUUGGCAGCACUACUGGCUCAGGUGGAGUUUGGAGACUUUGAACGACCAUUCUCAAGUCCAGCAGCUCAGGUCUCUGUGCAUUCCAAAUCAAACCAAACUCUGAAGCAAGUAAUAGAGAAAUUUUAUCCAAAAAGAUACAAACAAGGCUGUACAGAUGAGCAAAUUAAACAACUGUGUCAGCGACUUUCAACUAAAUGGAUGGCUCUUCGAGGACGUGCUACUGCUGACUGUGUGCGCAUUUACUUUACUGUAGCCAGGAAAUGGCCGUUUUUUGGAGCAAAACUGUUUGCAACAAAGACUAUUGCUCCACCACUAUCUGACACUGCACCCAUUUGGUUAGCUGUGAAUGAGAAUGGAAUCAGCACAUUGGAAUACAGCUCUAUGCGCUUGAUAACAACAUAUGCAUACAAGAAUAUCAUGACCUUUGGAGGUUGUUGUGAUGAUUUUAUGCUUGUAGUUGGAAAAACAGCAGACGGUGGAUGUACUAAAGGAAAACCAACACAAAAACUCCUGUUUUCCAUGCCUAAACCGAAGAUUCUAGAGAUCACUUUGCUGACAGCCAGCUAUAUCAAUGGUUUCCAGCAUCAGAAAGGGACAGUACAUCAUCUGUUACUUCCAUCUUCACUUUCUGUUCACACGGGAGGACACAAAUUAAAGAACAUGGGAAGUCAGCCAUUUCUUUCAUACUCCAGGCCAACUAAAGAACCAACAUUGUUAUAAUAAUGCUGGUGUUGAAAUAUUUGCUACGCAGUGUUAAAAUGUAUCCUUACCUGUGCCAAGGCAAAAAAAAGAGGUCUGCGUGCAACUCACCAAAAAUUCAUGUCUGAAAUUUUUAACAAAUUUCAAUAAAUUCCCAUUGUGUAAUGCAGGGUAACAGCUGUAGUUCAAUCAAAGGAACAUUAAAACAUUUACAGAGGUAUGUCUAAUAAUUGGGGUUCAAGUUCUCCUGUCAGAGGUCUGACUAAUACGAAUAGUCCCAUGCUUUUAGUUGUGACCUUGUAACUGUUCACAUUCUAACUGAAAACGAACAAUAGGCUCGCUCUGUCUGAACAUACGGAUUAAUUUUAGUGAGCUAUAUAUUAUUUACAAUAUUUUGUAACAGAACUAUCAUUGUAUUUGAAUGAUCGUUUAAUCAAUUAUAGUACAACUUCCUCAAUGUUGUAUAAGCAAUCUUUUUCCUUUAUUAUUUACUUGUAUGUAAUAAUUUUUCAAAUAAUGUAAUAUAUUUUAAAAUUUCUACAUUUUCAUCCCAAACAACGAACCCUAGCUUUUAUUUAACAAUUUUAUUGCUAUUAGUGAGUAAUUACAUAAUCUUCAUAACCUACAACCCCAGCCACUAAUGUUCUUGCCCUGGAUACACAUUGUCAGAAACAGGAAUAAGCAACAAGGCUGAGACUAUGUCCAAAACACAGGAGUUGUAGGUUACUAUGGCAUGAGAUAUUACAGAUGAGAAAGAUAAUUCAUUUAACUAAAUCUAGCCUAUUAGGCCCUACAGUUCUGUGUCGACAGAAUUCAAUCAUGUGAUAAAUGAUUCCCGGCUUUAUGUCUCCACUAUGCUGCCUAGAAUUUCUCCAUGAGUUGAUUACCAUUUGUGAAGAAGAACCACCUGAAAUCAAAACUAAAUUUUCCAAAUGUAAUCAUAAUGUCACAGUUUGAAGUUAUCCAAAGGGAUAUAUUCUUAUACCAAUAUAAAGUUCUCCCGAAGGAGCCUACUUGGUCAUCUUUCAAGUCUAAAAGGCCUAUCUUUCCACCGUAAAAUAACCAUUCCAAACAAGAUUCCUAAAUAAAAUUGUACUGUAUCGCAUACAGUAUUAAAUAAUUCAUUCAUCCUUGUACAUUCCUUUUUUUCCCCUCUCUCUUCCUUCUGUGCAUCUUUGCCUAUCCUCGUUCUUCAAUACAGCACUGCCCUUGACCAGGGAAAGCUGGUGAUUUUCAGCUGAGAAGACUACAGGUGACUUUGGAGUACAGCCCUGAGCAGCUCCCAGACAUCACUGUGUACUGUAUCUUGGCUUGGGCAGGAGCAGUCUGCGUUUGCUGGCUGGCUGAUGUGCAAGAGUAAAGGCACUCGCAGAGCAGUAGUGGUGGGAAGACAAAUGCUACUUUCGUGAGACGAGAUAACAACAAAGUAAUCACAGGAAUGAUUACUGUAACACCCUGCUAACUCCUUUGUCCACAGCUUAAGAUGGCAAGAAGCUGACUUGCACUCUGAUUGUUCACUUUAUCACUGAUGUUGUUUGCAGUUGAAGCUGCACAUCAACUAUCAGAAUCUACUAAAUGGAUUUGUCCAAUAUUUCCAUGCUGGAAAAAAAUAACCUUCAAACUCUGCACAAAGCCCUGUGAUGAACAAAUGCUGAUCUUCUCCAUUCUCCUUGACAUUGACUGUACAUCUUCUGACAGGAUUCUCAGUGCACUCAUUCUUUGCCCUGCAUAUUCAUACAUGUUUUUCUGUUUGCUGCCCAUCAGGGUCGGCUUCUGAGUUUUCUGUAGCUGUAGCACCAUCCAUUCAGCUGGGUCCUGAGCCAUCAUUGUACAGGUAUUUGGACAAAAUAUGAGGUACAUACUUAGUCAAUCUGUAACUUUUAACUUAGCAGGGAUAAGUAGAAUAUGAGAAAGAGAAUUAGAUGUGAAGAUAUUGUCACAUUUAAAGACCAUAAGAAAAAGGAAUAGGAGUCGGCUGUUCAGCCCCUCAAGCCUGCUUAUGUAGAGAUGAGGUCAGAAAACAAUGGCAUGAUAUUCAGUGGUAAGGUCAUAGCCCUAAGGAGAUAGGGGGAAAACUUGGAGAGGUGGUGUUCAGCCUUUGCAAGGCAGACUUUAAUUCACCAGACAGCAACAACAAUCCUUUUAGUAGGUUUCAAUAGGUCAGAACUUCAGAUGACAGAGUGCAACAACAUCUAAGGAGGCAGGUUAGUGUGAGUGAUCAGGGCAAGCAAAUUGAGACAACCAACGUGUUUUGGAAAAUAAAUAAAAAUGUGUAAUGUGUUUUGAGAUUCACCUGCUAAUUACUGAAAAGUCGAUUAACUUUGGAAAAGAGAUAACAAAGCUUUUAAAAAAAGUAAGAAGUCACAUUUAAUUGAUGGACAAACUUGGCUUGAAUGAAAUAUGGUCUCAGUCUGAAGGUUACUGCGCAACACUAGUCUUGAUUUAUGUUUUUCAAAGACACUUGGUCAGUAGAAAGAAAAGUCCUCCAAAUCUUGUGGCAAGCAUGUGUCUCUCUCUGCUGGAAAAGUGCAGACCAGCUGAAUAGAUCUCUCUUAAGUAGUUGUUGUUACCUGAGAAUGUUCCAAUUAUCAGUACCUAUGACUAUCAUUUAAGGGCAGUCUUCAACUCAACCACAGGUCAUAGCUUCAGAAUUGGGAGUUCCAAUGAUGAUCAGUAUUGUGGAAAUUAAGACAAGAGCCAAGGUAAAUUGAGGCAAGAGCAAGGCCAUUUUUUUGGGAACUGGGCUGACUGAUAUUUUAUUCCCUUCACCAUCAGGACAGAUUACCUGAAGGUGCUGGGAAUAUGGCUUGGCCGGGCAUGGGCAUGCACAAAAACCUGGGAGGAUUGCAUCGGCAAGGUGAGGCAGACACUGGGCUUUUGGGAGCACUGCUGGCUCUCCAUCGUGGAUAAAACCCUGGUAAUCAGUUGUCUCUGUUGUUAUACAUGAUGCAAGUCUGGCCCAUUCCCAGAACCUACAUUGUUGCAGUCACCCAAGCCAUCAUCCAUUUCAUGUGGAGUUCUAAGAUGAACUGUGUCCACAGGGACACCAUGUCCAAACAGCUGGAUAAUGGAGGG